AGUAAAAAAAAAAAUACGUUGCCUUUUGAAAUGUUAUUCUACACUUAUCAAGAAAAUGAAACAGUAACAGGCAUAGUGCCCCGUACUGUUUCUUCAGGGAGUCUGGGGGGAGAAGUGUCUGAAAACGAUAAGGUAGUUUAUAGAUCAUGUUAAGCAGGAAAAUCGGAUGGAUAUGUGGAAGCUUUCUCAAGAAGUUUUCAGGACAAGCGUCGACAGUCCAGAAAGCUUCUUUGGACAUUCUUGAGGAAGUGAAGGACAAAAUGCCUAACAUUGUAGAAGUCCCCCAGUCCUCUCAGCAGCCCUAUGAAUCUAUUGUGAGAAGAUGCAGGGGUUUGAUGGUUCGAGCUCUUCCUAAACCAGGACAGGCACCAGUACAGCAGCCCAGACUCUCUGAGAAGAACACCCCUGCCCAGCUCUCCAUGACAACCACUAGCGAAGCAAAGCAUUCAGCAUCCCAGGCCAUGGGUGGAAAGGUCUCCGUUUUGGAUCUACUAAGCUGGCCUGCAAAAUCAGCCUUCUCUGGCAUGCUGCAGGCUUCUUACACAGUAUGCAUGUACCUGUCAAUGCACUUUAACAGGGCUAUGUCCCUGGUAAGAAAGGCAGCCGUAGAAGAACAGCCUAGGUGGCAAAGCACAGAGAGGGCAGGGAUGGGGUUUGUGGUUUCAAAGCAUGGAGUCACUGCCAGGUAUUACGAAUCGAAGCGACAGGAGUGGCUGUAUGAUUCCUAUGGCGACUCCUCCGUCUCCUUACUCUAA